AAUUCAUGUUUAAUCUGUACAUAAUGAACGACGAAGUAAACUGUCAUGUUUACCUCUUUGUUGACAAAAUUUCCCAUAUGAUUAUGGUGCAAUUACUGCGAUUAACUUAUAUUUCCUCGCAACAUUCAUGAAAGUGUAUAGCCACCUGCCUUGAUCUCGUUUAAGAGAAAAAUGUCUUCAAGCUCUGUAGAAGACAUUCCGGAGCAGUGUAAGGAUCUGUUUACGCAAGAUGGUGUGCUCCUCAAGGCGUGCAUGGGCCGUCCGAUCACAGACCUCAACUCGAUCGGCAUGCUGUGCGUGGUGCUCAACCCCAACGGCACCAAGUGCAUCGAGUGGCGGCCCAACGACCUCAUCACCAUCGACUCCGACACGCAGGAUCAGGAGUGGGCCGUAGUCAACACUAUAGGUCGAAGACAACGCACUCUCAGCGGUAACAUCACUUCCGACUACGCCAACGCUCGAUCCCGGAUCAUUAAAAUAGCCCUCGACGACCUAAAAACCUUCAGAGUCACUCGCAACAAUCAGCAGAUGCAGUUCUCCACCAAACCAGGCAUUUGGCAGACUACUUUUUACUUCCAACAUGGGAACGCAGAAAUAUUCGUCGCGAAUUUGAAGAACCACAUUAAAACCGCCAAGACAAGACAUGACAGAAACACAUAUGUAGUAAUUGAGCCAAAUGUGGAGACGCAAGUGCUGAAUAAGAGUUUUGCAGAACUAGAUAUCUUCACGGAGAACACUACAGAUGUUGUGUGGAAUCUGGUGUCGAAUUUCAAACAGAGGCCUUAUGAGACUACUAUGACUGCGUUUUCUAAGCUUACGGAUAUUGGAUCGAAUCCACAACAAGGUUGCUCUACAAUUGACCUCGAGAAAUUAUAUUAUGGCAAUGAGGCCAACGGCAAACGUGAUGUGUCCGAAGAGGUGGCAGAUUUGCUCACAAAGAGCAUGAGUGCGCUGGACGAAACCACCACGGUCACUAAAUCCGACGAGUACGAAGUCAUCAGCGUCAAACCAACGCUGCCGCCGAGACCUAUCAUACCUAGAGGAACUCCUCUAUCCACUGAGAAAUGGGAAGGUCUGCAGGACACGGAAGGCAGGGUUACGGAGGUCGACGGAGUCAAACAGCUCAUCUUUAGAGGGGGUGUAGCCCACUCGAUACGUCAGUCAGUCUGGAAAUAUUUACUAGACUACACCCCCUGGCACAUGACGCAUGCAGAAAUACGAUCCUUACAACGCAAACGCACAGAGGAAUACUUCUCCAUGAAGCUCCAAUGGCGCUCCAUGACCGAAGGCCAAGAGUCCAGGUUCUCGGAGUACAGAGACAGAAAGAGUCUAGUGGAGAAAGAUGUUGCAAGAACAGACCGGACCCAUCCGUUUUUCGCUGGUGACAAUAACCCGAAUCUGGCGGUGCUGCAGGAUAUUCUGAUGACAUAUGUCAUGUACAACUUUGACCUUGGCUACGUGCAAGGCAUGAGCGAUAUUUUGGCACCAUUGCUGCUACUUUUGGGGAAUGAGGUGGACAGUUUUUGGUGUUUCGUUGGGUUCAUGGAAAGAAUUGCUUAUAACUUCGACAUGGACCAAGCGGGCAUGAAGCAGCAGCUCCUGCAGCUGCAGCAGUUGCUGACGUUCUGCAGCCCUGAGCUGGCACAGCACCUGGCGCAGAAGGACUCCGGGAACAUGUACUUCUGCUUCCGCUGGCUGCUGGUCUGGUUCAAACGAGAGUUCUCCUUCAGGGAUAUUAUGAGGCUAUGGGAAGUCCUGUGGACGGGGUUGCCGUGUGCCAACUUCCAUCUGCUAAUUUGUGUUGCGAUACUCGACGCCGAAAAAGACACGAUAAUCAACAACAACUAUGGUUUCACUGAAAUAUUGAAGCACGUAAACGACCUAUCAAUGUGCCUGGACGUCGACAAAAUACUAAGCACAGCAGAGGGCAUAUACCACCAAAUAAUAUCAGCACACCACCUAACAGACCAAAUCAGGAUCAUACUCGGAAUGACUCCUCUGAAUGUUUCCGUGUCAACUAAUUCGGACGACGAGCCAACGACGAACGGAGCUAAUGGUAUGGGGAAAAUUGAGAAUGCCCGGGACCCUCUCUUGAACCCAGGGAUGGAUGAAGUUAUGUAUCAAAUAGGAUUAGACAUGAAUUUUUGAGCACGCGGAACUGGAAUAUAACGGAUUAAAAAUAUCUGUCGUAACCACCAGCGUCUUGGCCUUACUUGCCUAAACCACGAAAUCAUAAAACUACAGAGACUGGUUAAAGUGAUAGUUUUUCUAUUUUUAUAAAGUACUCGUGGUAGGUAUUCCUUAAAAAAAACAGCUGUGCAUAAUUGUGCCAGAGUAACUCAGUUUCCAAAAAUUCACAAAUUUUACCCGUUAAAAUUAGCUAGUGAGCCUUAUAAGGUUAGGGCUUUUAUAUAAUGCGCAAUUUCAAAUAGCAUAUGAAUUUGAGUUUGUUGUAUCCGGUCGGGUUAUUGAUUUAAUGGUGUCCUUCAAUAUAAUAGGUGUCUUGUGGUAUUGGUCAAAAUAUAGGAUGCUGAAUAAUUUGACUUCAAUUUGAUUUAUUUAAACACCCGGUGCUUGUAUCGUGCACUAUAUUCCAGAUUAAAAUUAAUGUUUGUGCCAUAGACGACAUAAUUUUAUAAUUAAAUAAGACAAAUUAAGAUGUUACUAUCCGUAAAGACAUAUUUAAAUUAAAUAGCAGUUACAUAUUUAAAAUAAAAAUGGUGUUUUUAAGGUAACAAUAUGUCAAUUCAAUUUAUGCAAAGUUGGUUUCAUACAUAAAUGUUUGUUCAUAAUUUCUAUUUAAGGGUUAGCAGUUUAGUUUCGUGAUUCAACCUUAUCUUGCCCUUUUGCAAAAUAAUAAUGCGUUCUGUGUCACUUGCCCUGUUGUGUAGUGUUCUCUUAAUUUCAACUGACAUUGGCACAGAAGAUACCGUAAAUUUGUUCGAGUCUGUUUUCAUGUGUAUGGUAUUUUUUGGCACAUCAUGUGAUGUUUGAAACAUUACAGAUUCUUCAUUCUUUCAUUUUUUUAAUUUACCAAGUUUUAUGUAUAAUUUUGUAUCAACAACCAAUAGCAGACAAUUCUUUUUUCAUCCGUAAUGAUACCUUCUUAAUUAGAAAGUUAUUAAAAUAUUUUGGUUUUUAUUAAGUACCUGUUUCUAAGUAAACAUAAUCUCACGACUAUACAAGAUGUCGCGGUCACUACGGAAACAGGAAAAUUAAUGAUUUCGGAGGAAGCUUAACAUUGUAACUUGACGCCAAUAAACAGAGGGCUCGUGUGCCCCGUACAAUCCACGCACAUUCCCUAUUAGGCGGGUCCACACAGAGCGAGCAUAACGGCACGCUCAAGCGAGAAAAACACGCGCGCCGCACGAGGAAAUUGCCCCGCGCUCGCUCUGUGUGGACCUGCCUAUUGACUUCUCUGUGCUGAAUGCGAGAUGAUGUUUGUCCCAUGAAUGUCAAUGUCAGUGGCUAUUGUCUAAGAAUUCUGUUUAAUCAAAAUUGUAAACGUAAAAUUUUUUUUAGUUAUAAUUUCUGUACAAAAAGCGUGUUUCGAACUAGUACAUUAAAUAUAUGUAUUAAUUUACACAUACAACAUAAUUCCUUUUAAAAUGUUUUUUUUUUUAAUAUAAGCUUCUUGGUAUC